AUGAGAUCAGUGAUUGACAUCCAUGGCGGGGCCUUCAUGCUCGGCCAUUCACGCAUGGUUUCUCUACCCCAAAUAAGUGACUGUCUAGCCCGGGGUUGGAUAGUCCUGGUUCCCAACCACCGCCUCUGCCCGGCUGUCAACAUCCUCGAAGGCCCAAUGCAGGAUAUACGCGAUCUCCUAUCCUGGAUCCAAGAUGGUCACCUUGACAACGUUAUCUCCAGCCGCGGCUACUGUGCCGAUUUGGAUAAUAUCGCUGCAUUCGGGACCUCAUCUGGAGGACAUUUGGCUCUGAGUCUGGGCUUUGAUGUCCCCAAACCCGUCAAGGCUAUCUUGUCCCUGUACGGCUCAGUGCACUUCGCUGACCCGGCCUGGAGAAUUCCACUCCCCCAUGUGGCCAAGAAACUUCCUUCGGACCUGACACCGGAAUUUCUAAACAAGAUCUAUGACGAGUAUCCCGUCCCAACAGAUAGCUCUGUAUCACUGGAAGGUCAGACAGAGGCCGGCACAGGCAAGGGACCGGACUUUUCAAAGCCACGCGAUGCUUUCGCCUUCACGCAGAUUGCCUCUGGGACUGUGAUUGAUGCAAUUUAUUCCUCUAAGGAUGACCCGGACAUGAAGCGAAUCGAUCCAAUCUUGAACGUGAACGAUGCGUUCCCGCCGACGUAUAUUGUCCAUGGAAUGGCAGACACGAUGGUUCCUAUUGGGCUUAGUCGGGCCCUUUUGCAAAAGUUGAAGGACCAUGGUGUGAGGUGCGGGAUGACCGAGGUUCCGGGCGAGGAACAUACCUUUGCAGCUAUGAUGGAGGUUGGCUCGAAGACUUGGUGGCUGCAGAGGGAAGGCUUUGAGUUCCUGGAACAGGUCAUCGGAAAAGGGCCUGGGGCUUAG